UUCAUCGGUUCGGCUGGGAUUUGCUCGGUUUGGUGUGUGUAUCUCGAUUGUCCGCAUGGUUGGUUUAUUUGAUUAUUGUUAUUUUUUCGAAAGCUAACAGUCGUUCACUGGUAAAAAAAACGGAAAGACAGGAAAAAUGAGUGCCUUUAAAAUAACAGGAUACGACAUCAUUCACCAAAUCGGAAGCGGAGCCUAUUCGGAAGUGUUUCUCGUGCGCUGUCGGAAGUCGGGCAAAUCCUAUGCCGCCAAACAUCUGAUCGAUAGUUGCAGUGAUUUGAUGUGCGAUGUAGCGUACGCUGAGAUACAGCUCAUGAAGUCGGUGCCCAGCCAUCCGAACGUUAUGCAGCUGUGUGAUCACGUGUUUGAAAACAAAAGCCUAACUUUAAUCAUGCACCUGAUGGACAUCAACCUGUACGAGUACAUGCAGAAACGAGUGCGACCGUUUUCGGAAAACCGAGUCCGAAAAAUGCUGUACCAGAUCGUGCUGGGGCUGGAGCAUCUGCACCAAAACGGCAUAUUCCAUCGGGACGUGAAGCCGGAAAACAUUUUAGUUAAAUUUUCCUCCGGAAUCAUUGGCAAGAGAGAAACCCUCCAGCUGGCAGACUUUGGAACGGCGGCCACGAUCGCCCAACGUCCGCCGUACGCCAUCUACAUCGCUACCCGGUGGUAUCGGGCCCCGGAAUGUAUGCUCUCCAUGGGUUACUACGGUCCCAAGAUGGACGUUUGGGCGGUCGGGUGCUGUUUCUAUGAAAUGCUGACGCUGAAGCCACUGUUUCAGGGCGAAAACGAGAUCGAGAUGCUGGACUGCAUACACGAGCUGCUCGGUUCCCCGUCGCCCACUGUGCUGGAGCGGUUCAGGCCGUGGAAUGUAAAGAACUUAAAGUUUGCCAAGCGUCAAGCCACCGAACUACGGUGGCAUCUGCCGCUCAUGAACGUGUUCGGGAUGGAUUUGAUGAAGAAGAUGCUCGCAUACUGUCCCGAUCAGCGGUUAUCGUCGAAAAAUGUCGCAAACCAUACCUAUUUCGAGGAGCUUAUAAGGCACAAAAAAUUGUCCAAAUUCUCUCUAAGUCACCAAAGCCUGUACAACGAAGUGAACGUACAUGAGAUGAAAUCGUGCGCGGGACAGCUCAGGAACAAUACGAAGCAUCUAAUGCCGGAUUCGUCGGUCACGAGUGUGCAAAGCUUCAAAACGAACAACACGUUCCACUUUCUUUCGCCGGAGGAGCAGACGAAAAUUAACAAGCAACGCGAACGCUUCUGGAAUAUGAAUCCGAAAAGCAUAGAGCAUAAAUUGUGGUGCAAUGAGCCGCUGUACCGCCGGGAAAAGUAAGCUCUCCCGCGCGACGAUACGGAUUCACCACUAGGAAAGUGAGGUAGUUUUGUAAUAUUAUGUAUGUUUUGAUACAUUUGCUUUGAUUCAUGCA